UUCCAUAGACUCUAUAUGCUCUUGCUAUCGCAACUAAACAAAAGAACACAGGAGGAUGGGAGUUUCAAGUCAACUUCUACUAACAUUGAUCGUCUUGCUCAAUUCCACUGCUGGUUUGGCUCAAGUCGAAUGUUACAGUAAUGCAAACUUUGGUUGCAGUGGUGUCAGUGCAGGAUUUAGGGCCUCAGGUCAAGACUGCUGUGAUGAUGGAUUCUUGGCUUUCAAUGCAGGAGGCGAUUUCUGUGAACUGUGCUCCGGCAAUGUGCUUUGCUCGGCUAACGUUGGCUGCACUGCUGCCUUUGAUGCCAGUCAAGCUCAGGGUCGUGGCGAGUGUUGUGCUACUGGUGGGGGAGUGGCUUACACAGACAGUGCAGGAAGAUGUGUACAAUGUCCCACUUCCAUCACCGGUUGCUUAACUGGGAACCAGUGUAAUGGAGACACUAUCCCCCUCACCUCGACUGAGUCAGCUGCUGCUCAAGUCAGAGAGUGCUGUGUCAGCACUGCCGGACUUUCCUACAACCUACUGGGACAAUGCAUCGACUGUGUUGUGUUUGGAUUUCUUGAUGAGAGGCUGGAAGAAGAGGAGAGGGGACAAGGCUAUACAGUUAGUAUUGGCUACACCAAACGACCUGCCUCAGUUAACAACCUUAUCAGAGGAAACAUCGCUGUAGCUGAUGGUGGGACUGCAGACCCAGUCACAGAUUUUCAGAUCAGUACCGACAGAUACACAGUUCGUCCGGGUGUGAAUCAAGAUAUCAUUGUUACAUAUCGAGUGGACAGUGUUGCUCAAGAGCCCAUGGAGUCUGCCCAACUGCAACUGAGUAUCAGUACAACACCACCUAGGAGAUUGCUGACACGUGACACAUUUGAGCUGGCUAUCAUCGACAGUGACAUGGUGAUAUUCCAGCUAACUGAGAACGAUUAUCGAUCCAGUGAAAGUGAGCUUCGAAUCAACGCUCAAGUGAACAAGAAUCUCCGUAUUGCCAGUCGAGUCGUGUUGGAGGUCACUCCGUACACUGUAGGAGAUGCCUUGAUGGCUGGUAUACCUGCACUACCCAACGUUCCAGCUGAUAACAACGCCCGCUCCCCCAAUCGUGCUCUAAUCACACCUGAACGUCAAGAUUUCAAUGACAGUGUGAUUACUGUCGUUUUCGAAGCUGACGAAUUUGGUAACCAAGUAAAUGAUGUUGCGGUUCCAGUGCCAAUAACUGAUGAUGCUAUUGAUGAGGCUCAAGAGGAAGUGUUUGUGAUUGACCUGACUCUUCAGUUGUCUAUAAAUUCUCAGAUUUCGAUUGGUCGUCGAAGUUCUCUCUGUAGAAUCACCGAUGAUGACGACCUUCAAAUUGGUUUCCAGUUCGCAAGUUACACUUUCGAUGAGCCUCGAUUUGAGGAAGAAAUUUUUAAUGUUGUGUUCCUGGAAAAACAAAAUGGUCGAAUCUCUGAACAAACUCAUAUCGUUAUCGUCGGAAUCAACGAAGCCACGCCCAAUACAAACGUACAAGCAGCCACCCUCUCUACUGUCAACGCAGAAAAUGACUAUGUUGUGAACCUCCCUGGAGUAAAUACAAUUGUAUUGGAAUUUGGACCAAAGGAACAAUUAUUGGAUUUCCCUUUUAUACUUUUUCCUGAUGAUAUUGCCGAGGGUACAGAAGCUUUCCAAGCGAGUUCCCAGCCUGAAGAUCCACUGCAUCCAUCGUUUACUGCUCCCAGUGCAAAUGUCCUGUUCCCCUCUACGUUCAUUGUCAUCGCAGAUGAUGAUUUUGUUUGUCAAGAGUUGGAAUUGCUUGUUAAUGGUAGUAUUGAGUACUCACCUGACACGACGGCUCCAUACCUUGAGGGAACUAACGCUGAGCACACCUGUUUCCCUGGAUUCAUUCUUAUUGGAAACGUUAUCAGAGUUUGUCAGAGUGACAGCACUUUCAGUGGAGUACCACCAACGUGUCAACGUAUACAGUGUGAAGAGCUGCCACCUCUUGGGAAUGGAUCAAUCUUGUAUCAUAUCGGCACCACUUUCCUGGGAACCAUAGCAAUGUACACUUGUGAUGAUGGGUUCUUCCUAGAUGGGGAUAAUGAGAGGAACUGUACCACUGGAGAGGCAGGAAGUAGAAUGGUGUGGGUGUGGACUGGCCAAGAACCAAGAUGUGUCCCCUUGUGUAAUAAUCUUCCACCACUCGCUAAUGGAAUGAUCAUCUACAAUGCGUCUGAAGGACCACAUAGGACAGUUGCUACAUACACCUGUGAUGAAGGGUUCCAGCUCCUAGGAGAUGAGAUAAGGACCUGUGAAGAUGGAGUGUGGGCGGAAGCUAGUCCUCUUCAGUGUGCACAAGAAAGUGCUGUGAUUGGUAUUGUGAUUGGAUCAUUGGCUCUUAUAGUUGUUCUAUUGGUGGCCGUCGUUUUGCUGGUUGCUCUGAGAUAUCAGAGAUAUAAAUCGAAGACCUUGGAUAUCAAUGAAAGUAACCCACCACAUCUAGAUAUGAGGCCUGAAGUUGUUCUGGAUGAGCUUACCCACCAUGACUAUGAUUACAUCAGUGUAUUUCAAGAGGCAAACUUGAUGAGUACCACUGUAAACCCUCAACCCUCUACAGCAAGGGAUGGUGCUUCAGAGGUGCAGUUUGAACUAACACCUUGUGAUGCUUAUGGGUCUGGAAACCCUCAACCCUCUACAGUAGGGGAUGAUGUUUCAGAGGUGCAGUUUGAACUAACACCCUGUGAGGCUUAUGGACCUGUGACUAUCCCCAUGUACGAUGACAGUUAAAGCUAUGUAAUUGUAAUUUAUAACUAUAAUAUUAUAGCACUUAUACGGAAACUGAUAGCUAGUAAUGUAAUGGUGAGUUUUAAUUCUUCUCCUCUUCCUCCUCACUAUAUAUGUUUUGUAAUUAUUGUAAUUUUGUACACUAAAAUGGGUUAAUUAAUACAUGCAUGCAGGAGAGACACUGUGAUGUACAUUAAUGUUACUAUUAUAAACGGAUUAAUUUUAGCAAAUUUGUAAUUGACGCUAAAUUAUGUUCGUGAUAAUAAUGAAUCUCAUUAAAUGUACUUUGAGUUUACUUUUACAAGAACUGUGUGCUGGCUCCCACCAGAUGUGUUGAUAAAGUGUGAUAACUAUAGCGAACAACCCAGUAGCCUACACAAAAUACUUCGGAUAGAAAGCAUAAUAUUUGCGUGUUAUUUUUGAUCCUAUGUGACCAUUAUUUUAUUCUUAUCCCAUAUAUAGUUACAUUGAAGGCUCUAAUUUCCAACAUGACAAGAUAAAAGGAAAUCCUGGUAUUAAAAUUUGUGAAAUUAAUGUUAUUCAUAGCGUGUCUAAUUACUCGCAAGUGGCAUUUUCCAAUAUCUGUGACUACAAAUUUUUGCGAUUUAUUCUCAUACACAGAAAAUUAAUGGCAGAAAUUAAUUACCCUUAUG